CACCUGUGGGAAGAGGCCCAGACCGUCACUAGAGACCUGCCAAAAUUCCGUUUGUCAGAUGAGGAUCCCCAACCAUCUCAUACACAAAACCCACCAUCAAACAGUCAGAGGUGGACUACACUACAGCUACCUAUUUGAGCCCUCCAUCUCAUCUCAUCUCUCUCUCUCUCUCUCUCUCUCUCGACCCCCUCCUCUCCCCUCCCUUUCCAGCCUUCAGUCUCCUCCCUCUCCAUCCCUCCUCCCCUCCUGUCUGUGUGCCCGGCCCCUUCAUUAACUCUAGUAUGAAAGGGAAGCCUCUUGCUGGCAGUCGCACUACCAGAGCCUCACAGGACCCUCACUCACACAAAAAAGCCCCACACACACUGACUCAGGCCUGGACACGGAGAUACAGUUGGUUGCCAAAUCAUAAUCAGUGUACCUCUGAUUGAGGCCCUGGUUUGCCAAAUCUCUUUAUUUUCUAACACUGACAUGGAGCUCCACAGUGUGCAUAAAACCUUCCACCACAGCCCCCUGGGUGAGGAGAAGCACCAGAUGCUGAACCUGAACCAACGCCUGGAGACCUACCUGAGCCGGGUCAAACUCCUGGAGGAGGAAAAUGCCCUGCUUGCAAAAGAGAUCCAUGCGCUGAGACGCAUUAAUCACGGAGCCUCAACACGAAGGAAGGGCCUGGAGGAAGAGCUGCGGCAGGCAAGACUGGAGGUGGAUGCAGCCUGGAGGGACAGGGUCCACACAGAGCUGGAGGUUGGCAGGCUGACCGAUGAGCUCCAAGCCCUGGACCUGCAGAGGCAGAGGGAGGCUCAGGCCCAGGUGAAGGCCAAGACAAAACUGGAGCAAAGCAGGAUGGAGCUGGAGGAGGAAGAGAGGGCACAGAUCUGGCUGAGGGAGAAGGUCAGUCAGCUGGAGCAUGAGAUGAGGCACCUAAUUCAAACCCAUCAGGAGGAUGUGGCCCACAUGGAGGCCACUUUGACUCAAUCCAGAGCCACAGUGCCACCCACAUUGGCACAAAGGGGCAAUCAGACACCAAACCUCCUACAGUUGGGGCAAGAGUACUCUCAGUGGGCAACCAGGGCAUGGCAGGAGGCAGCAGAGGCCUAUCAGGGGCAGUUAGCUCGGCUAGAGGAGUCACUUAACCAGGCCAGGAGCCGUUUAACCCAAGUGGGCCAGGAGAAGAGCGAGAGCCAGCUGAAGCUCAAAACCCUGCAGAAGGAGAUCGCUUCAGCUCACAGCGUCAGGCUGCAUCUGGAGAAGACUGCAGCCCAACAGGGAGACAAAUACAGCCAGGAGAUCCAGCAACUCCAGGCGCACUUGGAGGGCCUGGAGGCGGAAAAAGUGGAGCUGGGCCAGCAGAUCGAUUGUCUUCUCCUGGAGAACCGACGUCUGCUGCAGCUGAAGAUGUCUCUGGGCCUGGAGGUAGCAACGUACAGAGCUUUGCUGGACAGUGAAAGCCUCAGGGGAGACAACUCUUUGUUAAAUCAGCCAAGAAACAUUCCCAUCACAGAUGCAGUUUUCAGUCCUCAAGGGGUUAAAAUGAAUUACGAGACCCAGCUGUCUGCUAGCCACAAGACGACUUCCCUCUCAUCUGUCCGUGGCAUUACAGGAACAGGGCCAACAGUGAUAACUGCAACACCAAUCUGGAGUAGAAAACCUGUAACCCUCACUAAAACAACACAGGUUUCCAUGAAACAUGCAUAUGAAGACACAUCAAAGUCAGCAACAUGGGAAACCCCUUAUCCAAAAAUAGUGCCGGAUGGAGCCAUUGAAAAUUUCAGACCUCAGGAGGUUCAUGAGAAAGUCACCUAUGCUGAGCCUCUAUCACCUCCUAAUGAGGAGGCUCUUGCUGAAACAACAUCAGAGGACAAAGAAGGUGAAGAGGUUUGGAACACUGUUGGUGUUGAACCUACUGAGGAAAGACCAGAUGCUGAGUCAGUUGUCAGUUAUCAGGUUGAGUCUGGCCUCAGCACUGAGCCACCCUUCAAUGAUGAAGUUAUUCAGCAUCAGUUUACCACAUCCAACCUUACACCACACCAUGCCAGAAUGGCAGAGGAGCCAUGUGGUUUCUCCGAUGACUCUGAUAAGGAUUUGCCUUUUGAAAUACCUGCUGAAAAAGAAGAUAUGCAAGAGCUGCAUGCUCCAACAGAUGCAUUGGUAGAGAGAGAGUGUAUAGGCAAAGAAGAGCAUGUGCAAAAGGAAAUCUCAGAUUCUGAAACUGAGGCAGUACUUGAACCAAACUUUGAAUCCAGGAUGAGCAGUCCAAUGUCUGAAUGUGAGGCUGAAGAAAGCGUGUCUAACAUAGACGUGAUAAACAUCUUCAAGGAGGAUGCAGCUGAGAUAAGGCAAGAAGUAAGCUGUUCUACAGUAAGAACAAAUGAUACGGAUCUUGAGGAUAAGUUAUACCCUGAUGGAGAAGAGAUGGAUACAUGGGAUAGCGUGAUAGAAAGGAAGGUUGAUCUGAAGACAGAUGAUGGCAUAAAUAAGGAUGAAGAAAAACGACAGCACGCUGAACCAGAGGAAGACAUAUCGGCAAGAGAACAAAAGCAUGAAAAGAGAGAAAUUAGCCAGGAUUUUGCCACAGAUGUACAGCAAGACGACAACAUGGCCUCUCCAAUGAUGGACACACAAAUAGAUGAUGACGGACAGCGUGCUGCGUUAGACCAAGAGCAUGCACUGCUUCCUGACAAUGCAGAAGAUGAUGAAGAGGAGGAUUCUCAAAAUGUCUCUGUGUCAUGGAGGACUGAGCUGGAGAGUGACAGCUACGCUCAGGAUAACACUCUUGCUGAUACUCGUCCUCUGAUUCGAUACAAGAUCGAUGAGACUGACGCCAAUACUCAGGCGCCACGCAUGGAUGAGAGCGAGUCUAGUGAAGGUGAACAGCAAAGGAAGAUCGGAGAGCCGGGAACUGGAACGUGGAGUGAAGGCAAGUCAAAGAGAUUUGGAACAAUGGAAGAUCUGUGCGAAGAAGUAGAAGGGGAAGCGUUGGAUGAGGAAUAUGAUCUGGGAUAUACUCAUAUUGACGACAGGGGUGUUGGCCAUGGUAUGACUGUAAGUGAGCACGCUACACUGGUGAAUGAAACAGAAAAAACAGAAGAAAUGAUCAGAAAAGUUAGUGAGGGACAUUCAGAUGAAGAAACGGAAGAACUUAUCAAACCCAUGGCACCCACAAAUGUUGACUACGAUGAGUUAGAGACAGACAGACUUGUGGAACAGGAAUUAGAAAACCUAGCCACAGAGAGCUACAGCGCUCACUUUGUACAGCAGCAGGUCCGUGAGAGUGAGAAGAUACUACAUCUGCGGGGCAAGUCUGUCAAGGAAAUGACAGAGCAAGAAGAGGCUGGAAAAACAAACAUGGAGGACAUCAUAGAUCAACCCUGUGAGAACAUAUAUUUCAGUGAUUUGUCAGUGGAAAUGCCUCAGACAGGCACUCUGGAUGAUGAGGAGGUCCAGAAUAAAGAACAAGAAGUGAUAGAUACGCCAGAGAAAAGAAUGGAAGAGGUUGAACACAGUGUGUCCAUGGUGACACAUGCUGAUGUAACAGAAGAUCACUCUGGCUUUAGUGAUUUCAUCAGCAGGCCAGAUAUGGAAGAAAUCAACAACUCAGAGGAACCUAACUCUGUGUUUCAGGUAACAGCAGAUCAGGAAAACCUGCAGGACGUGGCUGUCCCAACUGUGGAAGCAUCGACUGUAUCUCAAAAACAUCUAAUUGAGGAUGUUGCAGACUGUCAGGAAUUUCCAGAAGUUCCAGAAACAGCUGAAUGGGAAGUCCCAGAGAACCUAAUUGAAGACUUUGAAACCAGAGAUCAGAAUGAAGAUUAUGAAGAAUGUGCUCAUGUGCCUGAGUCAGCUGAAAGUUAUCUACAUGACGACGGAGGCGCUGAUGAGGGCGUUGUGACACGUAAAGAGGAGCCCCUUGAGAUUUCCGCCCACAGUGUACCUGAUGAAAACGACAUCUUUGUGGUGAAGGACUCAACAGAACUGUUGAACACAAAUGGCAAAGACAACGGCCUCCAUGGUUUCUUUAGCUCUGGUCUAAAGAAUGACUUGUGGGUCUCGUCCUUGGAGACUGGUGCCACCUAUCAACCAGAUGAUGCCUGUAAUGAAGCAGCUGAGCAAACCAUUCAGAAUCUAGGGUUUGCUGACAACUUGGUUUGGGGGAAUUUGGAAAACCCGCAUGUGGUUAACAUUAACUCCAGGGUGGAUAUUGAUUCAUCUAAAGCCCUGGCCAUUAAGGAUGAGCAGGAGCAGAUGCAUUUGGAGGAGAAACAGGUGUUGCGUAGAAAUGUUGUUGAGGGGGACUUGGUCCAUUCUGAGGAGUCUGAAGUUGAGGGUGAAUCCUGGUCAUCUGGGGAGGAACCGGUAUAAGAAGUAGUGAGAUUAGAGCGCACGCACCAACGUGCGUGCUGCCUGUUGCCGUAGUGAGCAGCUGUAACAAAAGAGUUUCCCCUCGGGGAUCAAUAAAGUACCCCUGAUUCUGAUUCUGAGAAGGCUGAGUUAAACAAGUUUUACAUCAAUGUUAGUCAGACGAAAAUGAGCUUUACUGUAUAAUGCAUUUACUAUGAAAACCAAAGUCGUGCCUUGGUGAGCACCUCAGCGACGCUAACCACCAAUGUGCCAAUUCUAUCCAUAAAGAUACUGAGCACUUGCCUCGUUUCUUAAACUGACAUAUUUGACUAACCAUUUUUUCUUCUAUUCUUGUUGAAACUCUUCAGUCUUUCAGUGUGCAUGUUCUGGAAGGAGGUUGGGCAUUUCUGCAUGAGGGAACAGCAUGAAGACAGAACAAAGAAUGUCAUUUGAAAGUCAAAGCAUUUUAUUGAUGGCUGCCUAAUCUGCUUUUACUGCCUGAUAGAAAUCAGUGAGACCAGAAGGAAAGGAUUUCUUGUACAACUGCUAUUUCAUAGUGUAUCAAACAGACAACAUUGACUCGUCUUUGCAUGUUUUACACAUUUGUAGAAUUAAUUGUUGGUUGUUUUAAAGUUUUAUGUUAAAGAUGACAUAAACCGAUUCGGAUAAGCAAUCUGUUAUGUUAGUAUUUGGCUGGUCUGAAUUAAACAGAUAGGUUUAACUUCUUUAUGUCCAUCCAUAAAGUCUUUGCUGCGGUACAUUUACAGUCCAAAAUAAACAGUAGAUUCAUGAUA